AUGGUAGGUGGAGAAGGCGGAAUAAAAGACAGAGAUAGAAUGGGGAACAAGAAUUGCCGGUGCAAGUUUAUUUGGAGGACAACAAAAGUGGAAUAUGCAACUGCCAAAAUAAUGAACUUCUCAAAAACACCUAUAACAAUAAAUGCUGAAAUUCCGAUAACAAAUAAUGCUGAAAUUCCAGUUCAAACUAAUGUGAAUUUCAAUUUUGAUGAUCCUUAUUUUCUUUCUUCUUCUGAUAUUUCACAACAUUCUUUUGUUGCUCUUGUUUUCUCGGGUUCUAACUAUGUAAACUGGAGUAGAUCUGUGAAAAUGGCUUUAUAUGCAAGAAACAAGGAGAGUUUUAUUGAUGGAACUCUUCUCAAGCCAUCUGUAUCUUCAACUGAUUUCAAGAAAUGGAUCCGAAAUGACUACAUUGUGAGAUCAUGGAUCGUCAAUUCCAUGGAGAGAGGUAUUGCAGAAACUUUCAUGUUUGUUGAUUCAGCUUGUCAAUUAUGGAAGGAAGUUAAAGAUAGGUAUGGCCAAAGCAAUGUACCUCAAUUAUUUAAUCUACAUAGAUCUCUUUUUCUUACGGAGCAUAAUGAAUCUUCCAUUACAGAAUAUUAUGCUAAAAAGAAGAGAAUUUGGGAUGAAAUUCAUGACCUAGAAGGUUUUUCUGAUUGUUCUUGUGGAGUUCUUGCUGAUUGUUCUCGUGGAAUUUUAAAAAAAAUCUUAGAUGCUGAUAAUAGAAUGAAGUUAAUUCAAUUUCUUUCUGGUAUUAACGCUGCCUAUGAUCAAGUUAAGACAAACAUUCUUAGUACUGAUCCUUUACCUAACAUCAAUAAAGUCUAUCACAUUCUUCAAUCCGUUGAGAGACAACACAAAAAUAACCUUUAUACAAGCCAAUCCAGUGAGAUCAGUGCUUUUGCUGCUCAUCAAUUCAAACCUGAUAAUUCUGCUGGUAUGAGGAAGGAUUCCAAGAAAACUAAGUUUGAAAGAGUAUGUGAGCAUUGUAAAGGCAAAGGUCACACAAUUGAUCAAUGUUUCAAGCUUAUAGGCUACCCUGAGUGGUAUGCAAACAAGAAGUUUAAAUCUGUUUCUAGAACAGCUGCAAAUGUUCAUGUUGAUAAUCCUGGCAUUCUUGGAUCUGUCCCUUGUUCUUGUUCUGGUUCCUCAGGAAAGGUGUCUUCUUCUGUUAUUGAUCCUCAAAUGUUAUUAGUAGUAUGCAAGGAGGUCAUUAAAUGCAUGAAUCAAUCUUCCAUCUCUACUGAUCCUCUUACUUCUUCUUAUGCAAAUGUGAAUUUUGCAGACACUGGUGCAUCUGAACAUAUGUGCUCUAAUUCUAAUUUUUUUUCUUCUCUCCACUCUUUGGAUUCUCCUAUUCUUGUUGGAUUACCCGAUGGUUCAACAAAUAUUGUUACUCAUUCUAGAUCUAUCAAACUUAAUUCUGAUAUUACUCUUGACAGUGGCCUUACAACUAAUGAGGUCAAAGCCACUGCUGUGAGAACAUCAGGCUUAUAUCUUUUGUGUCCUUCAGAUUCUUCAUAUCAUGUUCCGCCUUAUAAGCUUGUUGUAAAUACAUCUUGUUCUUCUUCUAGUCUUGGUUUACUUCAUGCAAGAUUAGGUCAUGUUUCUUUUUCUACUAUGAAACAUAUUCCUCAUUUUAACACCACUGUUAAAAUCAUACGAAGUGAUAAUGGGACUGAAAUUUUCCAAGAAUCUUGUAGUUCUCUUUUUGCUUCAAAAGGCAUUAUACAUCAAAGGAGUCUUCCUGGUUUACCUCAACAAAAUGGCUGA